UUCCUUCAGCCAAUAGGGGGCAUCUGGGGGCGGGCCCUGACUCAGGUUGGUGGGGAGGGCAUACCAAGGCUUUUACAACUCAAUUCUCUGCGAGAAGCAGCCGGUAGAAGAACUAGUGCAGAAAGGGCGCGAGCCUGCCGCACCCAGCACGCAACUCCUGUGCGGACGGAUACAGGUAACAGGAAGAAGAACAAGUCCCAGCUCAGGUGAAGGAGGAUUUUGGCUGCGAGUUUUUUUCUUUUUUACUUUAAAGAAAAGACAAACUUUGAGUGAAUUUCUCGGGAAGAAGGGUCGUGUCUUUUUUGUGUGUAUUUUCUCCUCCUUUUCUUGUAUCUCUACUCCCGGACUCAGGUGUGAAAGUUGCACCGGAUAUUUACUUUCUUUUCUCUGAAAAGACUGUAAGCUUCAAGAGUGAGUAACCGAGGUUCCCUCCCUGCGCCUCCACUGGAUGCGCAGCUGCAGACGGCUGAUGCAGAACAACCCAUAGUCCCGAUCUGUUGACGUGAUGAGGUGCUCCUUUCUGCUCUGUCAAAGAGGGCCAGUCUCCGUGCCGCCCUAGUCCUCCCCCUUCACUGCCGCAAAGCUUCCAUCCUCUCCGUUCUCUUCAGUGAUCCAGAAACCACCAGAGGCGUUAGCAUGGUUAACCUAACCAUGGACGGGUGCCCGCCCAACCGCACUGUCAAAUUUUACUAUGAAGAAAGUGGCAAGCACAUUAGUGCCUUCUGGCGCAAACGUGACUAUGUGGUUGUCACCCUGGGAAUGAUGGUCUGCAUCAUUGUUAUCCUUUCCAACCUUCUGGUUAUGGGAGCCAUCUUUAAAAACCGACGCUUUCAUUAUCCCAUCUACUACCUGCUGGCAAAUCUGGCUUUGGCAGACUUCUUUUCAGGUAUCUCAUACCUCCACUUGAUGUUCCACACCGGCCCCUGGACCAUCAAGCUGUCCAUUGAGCAGUGGUUUCUGCGGCAGGGACUGAUCGACACCAGCCUCACAGCUUCCGUCCUCAACCUUCUGGCGGUGGCCGUGGAGCGCCACCAAACCAUCUUUAACAUGCAGCUGCACAGUGAGAUGAGCACCCGUCGGAUUUUCGUCAUCAUAGUGUUCAUCUGGUUACUGUCCAUCAUCUUGGGCCUGAUUCCUUCCAUGGGCUGGCACUGCCUGUGCGACUUAAAGGAGUGCUCCACCAUGGCGCCGAUGUACAGCCGCAGCUACCUAGUGUUCUGGGGCAUUCUCAACCUGCUGACCUUCUCCAUAAUGGUGGUGGUCUACACCCGGAUCUUCCUCUACGUGAGGCACAAGAGUAAGCAGAUGUCUCAGCACACAAGCGAAGUCCGACACAGAGAGACUGUGGUUAGUCUGAUGAAGACCGUCUCCAUGAUUUUAGGCUGCUUUGUGAUCUGCUGGACGCCCGGUCUGGUGGUGCUGCUGCUGGACGGCCUGGGCUGCGACAAGUGCAACGUGCUCCAAUACGAGAAAUACUGCCUGGUUUUAGCUGAGUGCAACUCCUUCGUCAACGCCAUCAUCUACUCCUUCAGGGACAAAGACAUGAGGAAAACCUUCAAGGAGAUCCUGUGCUGCUUCUGCAAUCGAAAGAGCAGCCGUGGAGUCACCUCUGAAGUUCACUUUACCAACACAGAGCACGAGAAAUCUAAGCAUCACAUUGCCCGGAGGAGAGAACAGCUCAACGGGACUCCUCUCUUGCGUGACAACACGGAAAACGCCUCCACCUUUGAAGGAAGCUGAAAAUAAGACAGAGGACAAAUGCUCCACAGUCUGCAGACUUAAACACCUGACAGGUGAAAACAAAGAUGUUUCAUAUGUUUGGAAUGAAGAGAAGAACUUGAAUCUCUGUUGAUGGUGGACUGGUUUUAUAGCUUCUUACUCCGUUGUUGUCCGGAGGGUGAACAUUCAGCCUACCUCCAAAGCUGACCUAUUUAGUCAACAUGGGGGGUAUUAUAUUUCCCCUUUGGGACACAAUGACUAACUAGCGAUUCCUGGCAGAGAUGGUAAAAAAACACCCACCUGGAACGAGUUUUUGUGCUACAAAAGAAGCAACUGGAGAGUGCAGCAUGCGCCUCCGGCUUCCUGUCGAGAACGUGGAUCGAAACAAGUUUGAUGGCGCGCCCGCUCAGCUGUCGCAGCAAUCUUCAAAUGCAGCUGGUGUACGGUGAUGAGUGAGAGAUGUACAACACAGAAGGAACUGGGCGCCGCCUGCUCACGGCGAGAGGCAGCUGACUCUUUCACCAACUGACACCAACUUUUUGUUGAAUUCUGGUGCCUUUUGUUUAAGUUAACAGGGAACCUCGAUCGACUGAAACUCAUAGUCUCUUAUAAGGCGAGUCCUCCUGGUUUGACUAUCAUCAGGAGUCUUAAACGGCUUUAUAUUCCGCUUCUAACCUGUUCAGAUUGCACUUGUGUGAAGACCUCUGCAACUCUUUUUUUUAUUUUUAUGGACAGAUGUGACCAUAAAACUUGAAGCCAAUGUUCUUGAAACGUUCCCAUUUGCUGCUUCUCCUUUUUUUGUUGAAAGUGAUUAAAUUGUUCAGCUCCAUCCAUGCUCAGUCGUUCCUGUUUCUGCAUAGAGACAUUUUAGCUUUAUUCCCUUCUCUAAUUUAUUCGAGAGAGAAAAGGAAUAUAUUUUCCGUCAAACUCAUUUCGACAGGCGAACUUUGACCCUACACCAUAAAUCAAGCUAAUUUGAUUGGUGACAGAUGGCUUUAUUUACAUUUUAUUUACACACGUAUAUAAAACCAUCUGUCAAAUUAGUUUGAUGGUUUAGGGUCAAAGGUCACUUGUCAAAAUGAGUUUGAUAGUAAGUGUAUUCAUAUUCUCUAUUUUAUUGUAUUUUUAUCUUUAUGAAAAACUGAAUGCAAAGCCUUUCUUUUUGUGCACUGGUUUUUUUAAUGUAUUUUAAACAAUAAAAUGUGCAACUGACAAGCUUCAAGCUACAUUUAACCCGUAUUUUAGUAUUUUAAAAUUUUGGUUAUUUGGUUUUUCUUUUUUUCCUUUUCAGUAAGUGCAAGAUUUAUGACUUUCAUUUUAUUUUCUGUAUAAUUUUGUAAAAAUGCAGAUUGCUGCCAUUUUUAUUUUUUUUUACCUGUUAGUUAAUGCUAAAUCUGACUUAUUGUUUUUAUCUCUUUUUGUUGUGAAUUUGUUCUUUCCAUCAUCACAACUGUACCGGAGUGACUCCAAUUAUGUUGCCAACUUGCUGUCUAUGACUCUAAAGUUUGAUGUUUAAUAUUUAGAGCACAUAUGAAGUGUUAGUAAAUUCCAGAUCAUUUUAGCAUAAUGAUUAUUUUUGACAUGAACAUCAUAAAAAGAGGGAACUUAGCGUCGGAUAAAUCAUGCAUCAUUUUAUUCUCUGUGUUUCACAACAAUAAAAAACAGUAAAUUCA